ACUUCUGCUACUAUAUAAGCGCUCAUAAACAUACGCAAUGCAUCAGUUGUACCGAUACAGUUGUAAACAUGUUCUCCAAAGUUAUUGCCCUCAGCGCUGCGUUGGCUGUUGCCACAGCUGGACUUCUGCCUGAGCCACAACACUACUCAUCAGCUGAUGCCGUUUCCUCUCAAAGUAUUGUGCGCCACGAUCAGACCCAAGCCAUCGCCUCUAAGUUGGCGGUUGCUCCUGUCGCCAAGCUGGCUGUAUCUGCCCCCGUCGCGUACCACUCUGCCCCCGUCCAAUAUCAGGCUGCUCCUGUCCAGUACCAAGCCGCUCCCGUCCACUACUCUUCCGCUGAAUCCGUGUCAUCCCAAAGCAUCAUCCGUCAUGAUCAGCCUUCUGGCAAGCUCCUAGCUGCGGCUCCCGUCUACCAGUCUGCUCCCGCACCCGUAGCCUACCACGCUGCUCCCGCUCCCGUGACUUAUCAUGCUGCUCCCGCUCCUGUAGCCUACCACGCUGCCCCCGCUCCCGUGACUUACCACUCUGCUCCCGCUCCCGUGACUUACCACUCUGCUCCCGCUCCCGUGACUUACCACUCUGCUCCCGCUCCCGUGACUUACCACUCUGCUCCCGCUCCCGUCACCUACCACGCUGCCCCCGUCGCUAAAGUGAUCGCCCCCGCCGCUAAGGUCCUCGUUGCCCACCAGGAAGAGGAAUACGCUCAUCCGAAAUACGAAUACUCCUACUCCGUAGCCGACGGACACACUGGUGACAACAAGUCUCAGCACGAGACCCGCGACGGUGACGCCGUACAGGGUGAAUAUUCCCUGGUGGAGGCUGACGGCUCCGUGCGCAAGGUGCAAUACUCUGCUGACGACCACAACGGCUUCAACGCGGUAGUCAGCCACUCCGCGCCCGCGCAUCAUUCCGCCCCCGCGCCCGUCCUCCUCUCCCAUCAUUAAAGUCAUUACUUUUAAGUAAUAGUCCCUAAGUUUGACGACUGUACAUAGCUAAUAAUCUAUUUAUUUUAAUAAAAAAUCAAAUUGAAUAUUUCUUUUAAUUUAUUUUACGUAGGUACGAUAACUUAUAAAACACCUUAUCGUAGUAGGUAAUACUCGUAGGUCAACGUAGGUCUGCUUUUUUGUUAAGUUGUUUAUGAUUUUAUGCUUCAUCUUUGGGAAUAAAACAAACACAUUUCAUUCGUGAUUAUC